CAAACAUUCUCUUUUAUUAGCUAACCAAAAAAAUAAAAAAUGAAGCAUCUUAUAGGGUUUUGCAUCAUCCUUUUGUGGGCAUGUGCAUACCCAACCAUGUCUAGAACACUGACCGAAUCAUCUGUUGUUGAAGCACACCAACAAUGGAUGAUGAAAUAUGAACGCACAUACACAAAUAGUUCUGAGAUGGAGAAACGCAAAAAAAUAUUCAAGGAGAAUUUGGAAUAUAUCGAGAAUUUCAACAAUGUUGGUAACAAGAGUUACAAACUUGGCCUAAAUCGAUAUUCUGAUUUAACCAGUGAAGAGUUUAUUGCUUCACAUACUGGAUUCAAAGUUUCAGACCAACUUUCUGACUCCAAGAUGAGAUCAGUUGCAAUACCCUUCAACCUGAAUGAUGAUGUCCCAACAAAUUUUGAUUGGAGAGAGAAAGGAGUUGUCACUGAUGUCAAAAACCAAAGACAAUGUGGAUGUUGUUGGGCUUUUACAGCCGUGGCAGCCGUAGAAGGUAUUGUGAAAAUAAAAAAUGGUAAUUUGAUCUCAUUGUCAGAGCAACAAUUAGUUGAUUGUGAUAGGCAAAGCUCCGGGUGUGGUGGUGGCGAUUUUGUUCUUGCCUUUGAUUCAAUAAUAAAAUCCAGAGGUAUUGUUAAAGAAGAUGAUUAUCCAUACAAAGCUAAUGAUGUUCAAACGUGUCAAUUAGGUCAAAUACCAGGCGCAGCCCAAAUAAAUGGUUAUUUUAAGGUACCUGCCAAUGACGAACAACAACUACUACGAGCUGUGCUACAACAACCAGUAUCAGUUGCCAUCUCUACUAGUUAUGAUUUUCAUCACUACAUGGGAGGGGUUUAUGAAGGAAGUUGUGGACCCAAGUUGAACCAUGCAGUUACUAUAAUUGGUUAUGGGGUAAGUGAAGCAGGGAAGAAGUAUUGGUUGAUUAAGAAUUCUUGGGGUGAAACAUGGGGUGAGAAAGGCUACAUGAAGGUGCUAAGGGAAAGUAGUGCAACUGGAGGUCAAUGUAGCAUUGCUGUACAUGCUGCUUAUCCUACUAUAUAGUACUACUUUUUGAUGAAUUUUAUAAUAUGAUGUAAUAAUAAGAAUAAGUUUCCUUUGUUGUCCUUAAUACGGAGAAGAUUUGAAAUGCAAUGAAAAAAGCUCCUCAAGUUGUAGAGAGUACAGACCCGUG